CCCACGAGUCCUAACAGUAUGACGUACCUUUGCUUCAUUGUCGUUUUCAUAACAAUCGCGUUCAGUGCAAAUGCUGAACCUGCAAAAUUGGAUUGGUGGCAGACUGCUGUCAUUUAUCAAGUGUACCCAAGAUCGUUUAAAGACAGCAACGGUGACGGCAUUGGAGACCUCAAAGGUAUAGAAGAAAUGGCUGAACAUUUUCAAGAAACAGGUAUUGGAGCCAUUUGGUUGUCACCAAUAUUCAAAUCUCCGCUAGCUGAUUUUGGUUACGACAUUUCCGAUUUUGUAAGCAUCGAUAGCACCUACGGAACAAUGGAAGACUUUUUAUCACUUCAGAGAAAACUUAAAUCACUCGGAGUUCGUAUUCUAUUGGAUUUUGUGCCCAAUCAUUCAAGUGAUGAACAUGAGUGGUUUCAAAAAUCAGUCAAAAAAAUCGAUCCCUACACCGAAUACUAUGUGUGGCUAGACGGAAAAGUAGACGAAAACGGUACCAGAGCACCUCCAAAUAAUUGGCGAAACAAUUUUGACGGAAGUGCUUGGGAAUGGUCUGCUGAAAGGGGACAAUACUAUUUGCAUCAGUUUACGAUCAAACAACCGGAUUUAAAUUACAACUCUCCAGCUCUAUUAGAAGAAAUGAAGAACGUACUACGAUUUUGGCUGGAUAUUGGAAUUGAUGGAUUCCGAAUAGACGCUUUGCCAUACAUUAUAGAAGACAUCAGUUUUAAAGAUGAAUCAGUGAUCCAUCCGAAUAUCGUCGACGACAAUUAUACAUAUGUAUUUCUCAAGCACAAUUUAUCUAGGGAUCAACCAGGCACGUAUAAAAUUGUCGAGGAAUUUAGAGCCGUUUUGGACGAUUACACUAAUCGGGACGGAAACACAAGGUACUAAAACAAAAAAGAUAUGAUU